AUGUCCAAUAAAUCUCAAAUUAAGCAUCAAUUUGCAGAAUUAACAAAUACAUCAAUAACAACAGCCGGACGAUAUUUAGAUGCUGCCAACUAUGAUCUUUCCGUCGCACUCGGUACAUACUUUGACAAACAUCAAACAUCAUCCCCAUUCUCUUUUUCUGCGUCUUCACCAAAGAUUGACAAUCGAUUACUUGUCCUAUUUAAGAAAUAUCAAGAUGGAAAAGAUCCAGAGAUAAUAGAUGUAGAUGGUACUAUGGCAUAUUUGGAAGAUUUGGAUAUAUCCCCAGAAGAUGUAAGAUCUUUGACUUUAGCAUAUUUAUUAAAUUCCCCCAAAAUGGGUGUUUUCACUAAAAAGAGUUUUGUUGGUAUUUGGCAACAAAAUAAAAUAUUUGAUUUAAAGGGAAUGAAGAAUUUUAUAAUCAAAUUUCAUGAUGCUUUAAUUCAUAAAGGUAUCAGUUCAGCAUCAGGAUAUGUUGAUCUUCAAGGUGAUGAUUUGUCCCUUCAAGGAAUGUAUAAUUAUGCAUUUGGAUUUUUGAUGGAGGUUGAAAAUCAACGAUUAUUGGAUAUUGAAACUGCAAUUGAAUAUUGGAAAUUACUUAUACCAAUAAUUAUUACCUCUUAUAUGGUUGAAAUUACACCGAUUGAUGAAGAAGAUUUUAUAACUAGUGUGAAUGAAAGGAUUAAUCAAUGGUAUGAAUUCUUAAUUGAAGAAAAAAGUAAAAAGGCAAUUACAUAUGAUACUUGGUCAAUGUUUUAUUUAUUCUUUAAAGAAGUGAUAUUGGAUGAUCCAGUGAAUUUUAAGAAUUAUGAUGAAAUGGCAGCUUGGCCAAGUUUUAUGGAUGAAUAUAUUGAAUUUCUAUAUGAUAAAGAAUUAUUAACCCCGUCAUCUCAUACAUAA